CUCUAAGACAAACAUAAACACUAGAGCUAGCUAGCUAAGUGAAACUUCUUUGUUAGUAGAGGAUUUAGCUAAUGGCUUCUUUAAAUUUUUCUAGAUUAACCAUGAUCAUGAGUAUGACUCUCUUUGUUCUCAUCAUAGUAGGGAGUGCCAAUGCACAACUUUCUACGAGCUUUUACUCAAGUUCUUGUCCCAAACUUUCUUCCACAGUGCAAUCCACCAUGCAAUCUGCCAUAUCAAAAGAGGCUCGAAUCGGCGCUUCCAUUCUUCGGUUGUUCUUUCAUGAUUGCUUUGUCAAUGGAUGCGAUGGGUCAAUUCUACUCGAUGACACAUCAAACUUUACCGGAGAGAAAAAUGCAAACCCUAAUCGAAACUCUGCUCGUGGAUUUGAAGUCAUUGAUAACAUAAAGACAGCAGUAGAGAACGUAUGUCCCGGAGUUGUAUCUUGUGCUGAUAUUCUUGCCAUUGCUGCUGCAGAUUCUGUUGCAAUUCUUGGAGGCCCAACCUGGAAUGUAAAACUCGGAAGAAGAGACGCUAAGACGGCGAGUCAGUCUGCUGCUAAUACAGCCAUCCCUGCACCAACUUCCAACCUCAACACACUCACCUCAAUGUUUAGUGCAGUUGGUCUUUCCUCCAAGGACUUAGUUACAUUGUCAGGUGCUCACACAAUUGGACAAGCAAGGUGCACAACUUUUAGGGCACGAAUCUACAAUGAGACAAACAUAGAUACUUCAUUCGCUAGCACAAGGCAAUCAAACUGUCCAAGUACAUCAGGGUCAGGGGAUAACAAUUUGGCUCCUCUUGAUCUUCAGACCCCUACUUCUUUUGACAACAACUACUUCAAGAAUCUUGUUCAGAACAAAGGUCUUCUCCAUUCUGACCAACAACUUUUCAACGGUGGGUCUACCAACUCUAUAGUGAGUGGAUAUAGUACUAAUCCAAGCUCUUUUUCAUCUGACUUUGCUGCUGCUAUGAUCAAGAUGGGAGAUAUUAGUCCUCUUACGGGAUCAAAUGGAGAGAUUAGGAAGAAUUGUAGAAAAGCCAACUAAAAUUUUUAAGUUUUAAUUAUUAUCGAGAAUCCUAGCUAUGCAUAAUAAGUUAUUGAAUAUGCAUGCUUUCAAUAUCUUUGAGUUCUAUGUGCUUCUAAGAGUGGUGUGUUAUCAAUUAAUGAUUAUUAUUUUUCUUUAUUUACAAAAUUGUAAGAAGGAAGUCAGUUUGAUGAUCAACUAUUGCUUUUCGGUUUGCUACUAA